GCCCGGCCCUCCCGGCUCACCGAGUCCCUCGCGACCUGGCCCAGCGGUGGGGGCCGAGGUCCCAGGUCCCGGCCCGGCGCCAUGGAGCGGCGCUGGCCCCUGGGGCUCGGGCUACUGCUGCUGCUCUGCGCCCCGCUGCCCCCGGGGGCGCACGCCGAGGAAGUCACUCUMAUGGACACAAGCAUGGCACAGGGAGAGUUGGGCUGGCUGCUGGAUCCCCCAGAGGAUGGGUGGAGUGAGGUGCAACAGAUGCUGAACGGGACACCCCUGUACAUGUACCAGGACUGCCCACUGCAGGAGGGUGGAGACAUUGAACACUGGCUUCGUUCCAACUGGAUCUACCGAGGGAAGGAGGCCUCGCAGGUCCUGGUAGAGCUGCAGUUCACCGUGCGUGACUGCAAGAGUUUCCCUGGAGGAGCUGGGCCUCUGGGCUGCAAGGAGACCUUCAACCUUCUGUACAUGGAGAGUGACCAGGACGUGGGCAUCCAGCUCCGACGGCCCUUGUUCCAAAAGGUAACCACGGUGGCUGCAGACCAGAGCUUCACCAUUCGAGACCUUGCAUCUGGCGCCGUGAAGCUGAACGUCGAGCGCUGCUCUUUGGGCCGCCUGACUCGCCGCGGCCUCUACCUUGCUUUCCACAACCCUGGUGCUUGUGUGGCCCUGGUGUCUGUGCGGGUGUUCUACCAGCGUUGUCCUGAGGCUGUGCAUGGCUUGGCCCGAUUCCCUGACACUCUCCCUGGUCCUGGUGGGUUGGUAGAAGUGGCGGGGACCUGCCUGCCCCACUCACAGGCCAGCUCUGGGCCUUCGGGCGUGCCCCGCAUGCACUGCAGCCCCGAUGGCGAGUGGUUGGUGCCAGUGGGCAGGUGUCACUGCGAGCCUGGCUACGAGGAAGGCAACGGUGGUGUGGAAUGCACUGCCUGCCCUAAGGGCUCCUACCGGACCCACAUGGACACACCCCAUUGUCUCAAGUGCCCCCCGCACAGCACAGCCCCGUCUGAGGGGGCCACCCUCUGUACCUGUGAGAGCGGCCAUUACCGAGCCCCUGGGGAGGACUCCCAGAUGGCAUGCACACGUCCCCCAUCGGCUCCACAAAACCUGAGCUUCUCUGCGUCGGGGACUCAGCUCGCCCUGCACUGGGAACMCCCCACAGACAUGGGAGGACGCCAAGACGUCACAUACAGUGUGGAAUGUUUGCAGUGUCAGGGUCCAGCACAGGAGAGGGGUCCCUGUCAGCCCUGUGGGACGGGCGUGCGCUUCUCCCCGAGUGACAAGGGGCUCACCACGCCUACUGUGCAGGUCGAUGGCCUUGAACCCAGUGCCAACUACACCUUUAACAUCAAAUCCCAAAACGGAGUGUCAGGGCUGGGCAGCUCCCACCCGCCCACUGGUGCCUCCCUCAGCAUCAACAUGGGCCACGCAGAGUCACUCUCGGGCCUGUCUCUGAGGCUGGUGAAGAAAGAACCAAGGCAGCUGGAGCUGACCUGGGCAGGGUCCCGGCCCCGCAGUCCUGGGGGCAACCUGAGCUAUGAGCUGCACGUGCUGAACCAGGAUGAAGAAUGGCACCAGAUGGUUCUAGAACCCAGGGUCUUGCUGACAAAACUGCAGCCAGAUACCACGUACAUCGUCAGAGUUCGAAUGCUGACCCCAUUGGGCCCGGGCCCUUUCUCCCCUGACCAUGAGUUUCGGACAAGCCCGCCAGUUUCCAGGAGCCUGACUGGAGGAGAGAUUGUGGCCAUCAUCUUUGGGUUGCUGCUUGUGGUAGCUCUGCUGAUUGGGAUUCUUCACGUCUUCCAUUCAAGGAGAGUCCAGCGACAACGGCAGCAGAGGCAUCGGGACCGCCGCACCGAUGUGGAUCGAGAGGACAAGCUGUGGCUGAAGCCCUACGUGGACCUCCAGGCCUAUGAGGACCCUGCGCAGGGAGCCCUGGACUUCACUCAGGAGCUUGACCCAGCCUGGCUGAUGGUGGACACUGUCAUAGGGGAAGGAGAGUUUGGGGAAGUAUAUCGAGGAACUCUGAGGCUCCCCAGCCAGGACUGCAAGACUGUGGCCAUUAAGACCUUGAAAGACACGUCCCCAGAUGGCCAGUGGUGGAACUUCCUUCGAGAGGCCACUAUCAUGGGCCAGUUCAACCACCCACAUAUUCUGCAUCUGGAGGGCGUCAUCACAAAGAGAAAGCCCAUCAUGAUCAUCACAGAGUUCAUGGAGAAUGGAGCCCUGGAUGCCUUCCUGAAGGAACGGGAGGACCAGCUGGCCCCUGGGCAGCUGGUGGCCAUGCURCAGGGCAUAGCAGCUGGCAUGAACUACCUCAGUGACCACAAUUAUGUCCAUCGGGACCUGGCUGCCAGGAACAUCUUGGUGAGUCAGAACCUGUGCUGCAAGGUGUCUGACUUCGGCCUGACCCGCCUCCUGGACGACUUUGAUGGUACCUAUGAAACACAGGGGGGAAAGAUCCCCAUCCGCUGGACAGCCCCUGAAGCCAUUGCCCAUCGGAUCUUCACCACAGCAAGUGACGUGUGGAGUUUUGGGAUUGUGAUGUGGGAGGUGCUGAGCUUUGGUGACAAGCCCUAUGGGGAGAUGAGCAAUCAGGAGGUAAUGAAGAGCAUUGAGGAUGGGUACCGGCUGCCCCCUCCUGUGGACUGCCCUGCCCCUCUGUAUGAACUCAUGAAGAACUGCUGGGCAUAUGAUCGUGCCCGUCGGCCCCACUUCCUCCAGCUGCGGGCACAUCUGGAACAACUGCUGGCCAACCCUCACUCCCUGAGGACCAUUGCCAACUUUGACCCCAGGGUGACACUCCGCUUGCCCAGCCUGAGCGGCUCGGAUGGGAUCCCUUAUCGAAGCGUGGCCGAGUGGCUGGAGUCCAUCCGUAUGAAGCGCUACAUUCUGCACUUCCGCUCAGCUGGGCUGGACACCAUGGAGUGUGUGCUGGAGCUGACGGCCGAGGACCUGACGCAGAUGGGAAUCACACUGCCGGGGCACCAGAAGCGCAUUCUUUGCAGUAUUCAGGGAUUUAAAGACUGAGUGGCCACCAAGAGGACACCUCAGCC